CACCUCUUCCUUAAAAGUUGAAUCAUCUUUCCUCAACUCCGCGGCGUAGAUCCGAGGAGUUUGAGAAAGCGCCUCAUUUCAUCCAAUCGCUCCGCUCGAGCUCUCUUCAACCACUCCGUUCAGCUUUCCGAUUUUCGUCGAUCAUCGUCAACAGUCAUGGCAGGGGUUGCACCAGAGGGAUCACAAUAUGAUGCUCGUCAAUAUGAUGCCAAAAUGAAUGAACUGCUUUCGGCUGAUGGACAGGAUUUCUUUACUUCAUUCGAUGAGGUUUAUGAUACUUUUGAUUCUAUGGGUUUGCAGGAGAACCUUCUGAGGGGCAUUUAUGCAUACGGUUUUGAAAAACCCUCUGCAAUUCAGCAAAGGGGGAUUGUUCCCUUCUGCCGGGGACUUGAUGUGAUUCAACAGGCCCAAUCUGGAACAGGGAAGACAGCAACAUUUUGUUCUGGAAUUCUACAACAGCUUGAUUAUAAUUUGCUGGAAUGCCAGGCUUUGGUUCUGGCACCAACUAGGGAGCUUGCUCAACAGAUUGAGAAAGUUAUGCGAGCACUUGGAGACUAUCUUGGGGUUAAGGUACAUGCAUGUGUUGGUGGAACUAGUGUUCGUGAAGAUCAACGCAUUUUGUCAAGUGGGGUCCAUGUGGUUGUGGGCACUCCUGGCCGUGUAUUUGACAUGCUGCGAAGGCAGUCACUUCGCCCUGAUCACAUCAAGAUGUUUGUAUUAGAUGAGGCAGACGAAAUGCUGUCGCGAGGUUUCAAAGAUCAGAUCUAUGAUAUUUUCCAGCUCUUGCCAGCAAAAGUGCAAGUUGGAGUCUUUUCUGCAACAAUGCCACCUGAGGCCCUUGAGAUUACCAGGAAGUUUAUGAAUAAACCUGUGAGGAUUCUUGUGAAGCGUGAUGAGCUCACAUUGGAGGGUAUAAAGCAGUUUUAUGUCAAUAUUGAAAAGGAAGAGUGGAAGCUUGAGACACUCUGUGAUCUUUAUGAGACUUUGGCCAUUACUCAAAGUGUCAUUUUUGUGAACACCCGUCGCAAGGUUGACUGGCUAACUGAUAAAAUGCGGAGCCGAGACCACACAGUUUCUGCCACUCAUGGAGAUAUGGACCAGAAUACAAGAGACAUAAUCAUGCGCGAAUUUCGCUCUGGGUCAUCACGUGUUCUCAUCACCACCGAUCUUCUUGCUCGUGGUAUUGAUGUCCAACAGGUCUCUCUUGUAAUAAACUAUGAUCUCCCUACACAACCUGAGAACUACCUUCAUCGUAUUGGACGUAGUGGACGAUUUGGGAGGAAGGGAGUUGCUAUCAACUUUGUGACGAGGGAUGAUGAAAGGAUGCUUUAUGACAUCCAGAAGUUUUAUAAUGUGGUUAUUGAGGAGCUGCCAGCAAAUGUUGCCGAUCUCCUCUAACAAGAUUUUGACCGCAAUGAUGAUUAGAGAAAAUGGUAUGCUGUUUGAUAUGUAUUAUAUGUUGUGCUAUCUUUCUUAGCAUGGUAUCUUGAUUUAAGAUGUUUGAUUGUUAGACAGUCAGGUGAUACAAGUACUAGCAUCUUGGAAUCCAGAAUUCAUCUUAAAUAUUGUGUGGUGGGCUUUUGAUUGAAAAUUUUCU